CAAGCAAUAGAAAAAUAUGCAAUUGUUUAUUAUGACAAAGACUAUCAUAGUGCAGAAAAAGAGGAUAAAACUACUUCUUUAUUAGAUACCUUAUCCGAUGGCGGCGAACAGCAAAUUGAACAACAAAUCCAGCAAGAGGAAAUCAAAAUCAAAGUCAAUAAAUAUUUUUCUCGAUUGGAAUUUCAUGAAGAAUUGAUUAUUCGGCUCUUUUUUGGUAUAGAACCCAAAGAACCCGACUUAGAAGACCAAAUUAUUCGCCUAGCGACCGAAGAAAAAGUGAAGGAGCUAAAAAAAAUCAAAAAAAGGAAAAUUCCUUCUGAUGAAGCAGGAAAAGUUUAUCCUUUGUUAGAAAAAUAUCGGAAGUUUUUAGCAGUUUCUCGGCAAAAAGAGGAAGUUAUUCAAGAAUUUAUGCAACUUGAGUUUUGGGAAUAUUUCCAUGAAUUUCCUGAGUUUUCCUUAAAGCCUGAAUCUUCUCGCCGUGGUGGCACCAAAAAAACAAAAUUAACCGAAGCGAAACAAACUACUGAACAGGAAAAAUGA